AUGGAUCCACCGCGCCAGCGCGUCAUUGACUCUGCGACUAUCACCGUUAUGAGGCAUCGCGCCGGAAGGAUGGAGAUAUACCCAGGGUCGCAGAGUUUGAAACAGCGUGCUAUUGCGGGGGAACUUAAAUAUGGCAGUGGGGUAAGAUGCCCGAGCGAUCUCCAGCAGCGAAAAGCUCAUCCUCACGCCGCGGGCCAUGCGAUCCUCCCCCUCCCCGAAUCAUCGCCAUCGACAAUGUCCCAGCCAGAUUUAGGCAUCAACCUCAACUCCAAAAUCCCGCGCCCAGCAACCUACGCCGUCACCGCCUUUCUUUCCAUCGCGCUGUACAAUGUCAUCGAACUCACAUGCCUCGUCUUCAUCGUCUUCAAGCGAUACCGCGGCCUGUACUUUUGGAGCUUCCUCGUCGCCACCUGGGGAAUCGCCAUCUACUCCGUCGGCUUCGUGCUCAACGACUUUGACAUUUCCGACAACAUCCGCCUGUUUAAUGUCACCCUUAUAGUCCUGGGCUGGUGCGCUAUGGUCACCGGACAGUCGCUAGUCCUGUACUCGCGCCUACAUCUGAUCGUGCACCGCCGCCUGAUCCUCCGGCUCGUCCUCGGGAUGAUCAUCAUGAAUGCGAUUCUCCUGCAUAUCCCGACUAUAAUCCUCUGCUACGGCGCAAACUCCGUCCUCUACCGGCGCUUCUCGAUCCCGUAUGGAAUCUACGAGCGGAUCCAGGUGACGAUAUUCUUCCUGCAGGAAACGUCCAUUUCCGCAAUCUACAUGUACCAAAUGUGCCGGCUGUUCUACACCGGCGGGGGACCGCUCACGGCGAUACAUGGGGCAGAAGCUGGUCGUCGUCUGAUGCUGCAUUUGAUCUACAUGAACGUCUUCGUCAUCCUCCUCGAUGUCUUGAUUGUCGCCCUCCAGUUUAGUGGCCGGUAUGCGACGCAGACGGCAGCCAAGGCGUUUAUUUAUAGCGUCAAGUUGAAGCUCGAGUUCAAUAUCCUGAAUAGGCUGGUGGGGGUCGCGCAGAGGGUGCCGCGGCGGUGGAGUGAUAGCGGCGAUAGGGAGAGUGGGCCUCCGCCGGACUUUAUAGGGCCACCCGACCAGCAGGAGCAGCAGGAACGUCAGAUGGAGGAGGGCAGACGGCGGAAAUAUUUGUGUCCAUGGCAAUUGUUCACAAUCAGGGUUAAUGAGGUGGUCGCCAACGGGACUGCACGCAGGUAG